AUUCAUCGAUCACAAGAAGGACGACGAGAAGCGUCGAGAUGAGGACUGGGAGCUACGGAGAUAUCGCCCACCUACCACUACCCCGCCUACCAUCGCCCCGCACCAACCGCAUUCGAUCGAGUAACCCUGUGCCUUCAGCUUUUCCAAACGGACCGAUGUUCCCACGACCAUAUUUUCCCACGACUCCACUACCAAACCGAAUCGUCUGCCACCACAGCCGACAUGGUACUUCCGCUGAGCGUCGAGAACCACCAGAACCCACGGCAGGAUGGGGCCCGGAGUGACAGCAAUGGGCAGCAUAUUAGCGAACGAGUCUUGAGCACCGGGAUUGCAGCAAGGCCAACGAAGCGCCCAAAUCCAUUCCUGAAGCAUAACGAGCUAAAGCCCCUGCAUAGGAGCGGACGUCGCGCCCUAACCAUCCAGAACUACAUGAGCACUAUAAAUGUGUGGAUUAUGUACAUCACAACCACACGAAACGUUUCAGCCACAUUUGUUUGGAAGGAGGAGAUUGUAGGCGAGGAUAUUAAGGAGUUCGUCGACUGCCUCUUUACCAUGGAAAACGAUACCGACGAUUUCACCGAUGAGAUGGCAUACCGGGACCGUCGCCAAUGGAAGGCCGCUUUGGGGCCUGGAAUGCUUAUGAGAAUACUUAUGCACCAUCUGCAGGUGUAUAAUAUCAGCCAGCGUUGUUGCAUGGGACAUCCCAGCAGUCCGCGUCGCCCGGCGGUUGCCGCUCCGACCACGAGAUUUGGUGACCGGAACCCCUUCAACUCCUUCGAGAAAUCAAUAAAAGUCAACUUCAUCGACAACAACUCCUUCGACAAAUCAAUUGAGCUCAACUUCAUCGACAACAACGAACCAGGGAAAUCAACUAAGCAUUAG